GGGGUAGAGGAUGUUAUAUCACUUAUCAGGGAUGUACUAUUCCAUUCCCUGGUUAUAUCACCAAUGGUUGAAUGUCGAUAAUAUGGGGGGGGGGGGUCCUUUAUCUUUAACUUAAGAGUUAACUUUAGCUUUUCCUUGGCGCGUGAUAAUAUUAUGUGUGUCCUUGUCGUGUCUCGAUCGUGAAUGUUUUGAUUAUUCCAAUCAGUUAAAAAAAAGAUGCGUGAACUUGAAAUGAACUCGGUAAUUCUUGGUAACCUACGCCCCCAUUGACAUGAACGUGGCUAAAACACAAGGAACGCCCGCACCCCUUGAUUAUAAAUUGUCAAUUCAUGGUUCUCACAGGAGAGAAAAGUUAUUCAACAACAUGCAUUUAUGCUCACGAGUAAAUCGCGUGUUUGAAAGUGCCCUUCAAACAUACGUUCACUCAACGUGUUCAUUGUAAAUGAGCGAAGUUGAUGAGAUAUCAAAGGCAAUAUAUUCUGGAUGCAGUCAUGAGGAUCAUACACCGAAGCGCGUGUGAUUUCAUCAGUCCUUGCUCUGAUCAUGGACAUACUAGGUCCAUGCUCUGAUAUAACCUUACAUCAUUCCCGCGCACUUGUCCUACACAUGUGAACAGAAUAUAAAGUAAACAUAGGCUGCAUGAUGAAGUUACAUCUCUCAUCCCCUUCCCUAAUUUAAAUCCAUCGCACGGUUGAUAUGGUAUCAGAUCCGACGCGCAUCUUACCGACGUGACGACGUCCCCCCCGAGAGCUAGGCACUUGGGUCUAGGCCUCCAAGUUGCACCAUUUCUUCAAAGAAACGAACGCAUCUGAGAAAGGCAUCCAUAUCGUUACAGCUGCCUCCGGUCGCUUCACCAUGAGUCCUCGUCCCAUCGAGAAAUCCGACUACGACGCUGUUCAGACCCUCUUGUCCAUGCGGAGCGUUCCUUCUCAAGUCACGAUCAAACGGAGCGAUUCUCCCGUACCUUCCAGCUUCAGCGACCCGCUCUCGCCAGUCUCUAUUGACGAGGAGAAUAGUCAGCAUCAACCUGCCGAUAUGAUGGAAUUCACGACGGCUAGAAUGAGGGGGAUGGACACACCGCCUCUCACACCUCCUCCGACCAAACCAGUAGUCGUCACAGGAAUGCCCAUGGGACACACAUUCUCCAUGCCACAGACAAGCAGCGCCAUCGUCACCACACAAAGGAUGGCUUCAUGUAAUCUGGUCAGCAUUACACCAAGCAUCAUGGCAUCCAAGGAGAUUCCAAGUAAAUUGCCCACGAUGGACACGACCUCGUUUCAGUCUGUGCAAUCUCGUCUCUCUCCCAUCUCACAAAUGACCACACAAACAACUUCAUCGUACAACAGGGUUUCUGUCAUCAGCGAAACGAGGAGAGAUAGCGCCCCCGUCAUAGCGUCGCCGGAUGGAUCAAUUACUCGAUCAGUGCAGUUGAUGCCACAAGUGCAAGAACUCAGAAACACUGUCCAGCAACCUUGCGAGCCACAGCCAAAAUACAUUGCCGUCAAUGGAUCCUUCCAGGUGCCAUCUUCAUGCCAGAACGCAUCUCCUGCACCGUCUAUCAUGAAAACAGAACAGUCCUCAAACGUGCAAACAGUGUCUUUUAUCCAGAUUCCCCAACAGAACACUCCAAGGUCAGGUAACAACGGACAGUCUGAUCAGGUCAAAGCGGUGGUGAUGGCAGUCCCAGCCAAUGUCAUGGUUGUUGUGAAUGGAAUACCCAAAUCGGAAGGACAGAAACUGUGCCCUCUUGCCCCAGCACCAUCUCAGAGCUCAUCGUCGAUGUCAGACAAGGCUCCGGUGUCUCCUGCUGCAGUAGAGUUUUCAAGAAGAAGGAAUCACAUCUGUACCUUCCCCAACUGUGGCAAGACCUACUUCAAAAGCUCUCAUCUUAAGGCCCAUGUCAGAACUCACACAGGCGAGAAACCCUUCCACUGUACUUGGGAAGGAUGCGACAAGCGAUUCGCUCGAUCUGACGAACUAUCAAGACACAAACGGACUCACACUGGAGAGAAGAAGUUCCUCUGUCCGAUGUGUGAUCGUCGCUUCAUGCGUUCGGACCACUUGACGAAGCAUGCCCGUCGUCACAUGGCAGCUAAGAAGGUGCCCAACUGGCAAGUAGAGGUCAGCAAACUUUCAACCAUGGCAGCCGAGAACCGACAGCAGCCGCAGCAAAUGGUACCCAUGAUCAUUACAAGCUCUUGAACACUGAACUGACGUCAUGAAAUGAAUCUGGAGUUAUUCCCCAGCCGUUGCAGCUAUACGCUGGUAACGAUCAUCAUCGUCGAAGACAUCUUGCUCUGAUCAGAUAAUGACUGAAUGGCUUGGAGAUUGGACAUGGCUCCACGAGUAGGAGUUUCUUUUGAACUCGAAGCCGGACAAAGGACUGAUGUUAUAGAGAGGUGUAUUAACUUUAUAUCCGUGGAUAUAUCAUUCCUAGAUCAAUAGAUGAUAUAAUUCGGUGUCUUAUUCAAGCCAAUGAAUUGUCUUUAGACCUACAUAGAAAUACUUUGUAUUUGUCCUUUUGUGAAUUAGAUCAUAUCAAGUCAGUCUGUAAACAUCAAGUUUAAUGGAGAAGUAUGGUAUUUAUUAUACAUAUAUUUACUCUACGGAAUGCCUCUUCAGACUUUUUUUGGUGUUCAUAUUUUUCGGGGUGCCAAUCUUAUUUACCAGAUGAGGGUCUGUGCGUAACAUUUAUCCACAAUAGACAGUUGAGCUAACUCAACUUGGCAAUUUUAUGCUGCUUGUUUUAUACCACGACUUUGAAAUAUUAUUAAGUAAACUGUGCUCUUUUCUAAUCUUGUUUUUCUAUUUCGUGCUGGAAUCACGAACAAACACCAUGUAGGUUAAUAUUUAUUUAAGUGUAUGUGAAAGAUAUUUGAUGUCAUAAACUUACGGGAAAUGAAGAAGUAUCUAAUGAAGAAUGCCUGGAUUUUUUUUUGCCAAAUUAUUUCAGCGGCUUGUGUGUUAUUAUUAUUUAUAAGAUUGCAUGUACCUACUUGAAAUGACAAAACAGUUUAUUUUGAUUCAUUAUUGAUUCAAUUUGUAAAGAGGAAGGAGACUGAAAUAUAAUUUUGAUCCCAACAACCAAAGUGAUAUGCGCAAAAGCAUAAAUAAAUUUGGAUAUUUUUUUUUUGCAUUUUCAUCCUAGAUUUCGGAAAAUUAAUAGCGUUUUUUUCCUCCAAUCUCCAGGUCUAAAUUAUUGCCAAAAAAUUGUUGCUUGCUCCAAAAUAACGGGUAAAAAUUGUGAAUUGUGUAAGCUGGACUUGCAUGACAAUACCCGUUUUUUUCUUUCUUUUGUGAUCUCUCUGGAUUAUUGUUGUAUAAUGUCAUAAUAGUUCAGAUGGUAGAUUAUUUAUGAUUAAUUUAUAAAUAAAUGUGUGUGUUUGUUACCAAAGACAUUUGGCCGGUCGUGAAAAGAAUUGGGUUUAAUCGCAACUCAAAAAAUCAAAACAAAUGUCCAAAAUGCGCUCCUGUGAUUGGUUGACAGUAUAAAGAUGCGUUUGAUGUUUUGAGUUGCGUUUAAUUUCGACUCUUUAUCAACCGGCUUUUAUCAGUUCUGAUCAGAGUGAAGUCAAAGGCACGGAGAAUGAUACCAAAACUCAAUAUUUAAAUUUAAGAAUUAUCACUAAAUCAUGCAAUCUAACAAAGAAGAUAUUGCAUUUUUUUCGGAUACCAAAUUACCAAAUUCUUUUUUUUUCUCUCUUUUUAUUUUAAAUUCGCCCCAGUUUCUUCAAUUUUCUACUUAAAUCUGAGAUAAUUUUUCUUAGAAGUAAUAUAUAUGGUCACAAUUCGUAUUACUUACAUUUUGUCUUCGCAUUUCCUUUCUAUCCCUACUUAUUAUUUUUUAUUAGCAGUGUUGUCUGUACGUAAUGUAGACCUACUUCACAUGCCUUACAUGUAUAUCCUUUUAUAAGGGAUUUUUCUUUGAAUGUCGUAUGUAUGUUACCAUUUUUUCGUCUUAUUUAUGACGUCAUAAAUGUUCACUUUCAUUUCUUAAAGUGAGAUUCAUGUUGAAGGGAUGAAUAAAACCAUUUCCUUAUUUGUCAUGUUUAAAACCAA